AACGUUUUUGGGGAGUGUGGGAGGAUGACUUAUAUUGCACAUGCGUAGUGGAAAUCUUGAUGCCUGACGUUUACGCUGCCGUAAAGUAGAUCGACGGAAACCGUAGAUUUCACAUGAGUGACGUAAACGCGUUCUGCACAUGCGCUGUGGCUUUGUUGUUACGUCACUUGUUACGAAACAACCGUUUGUGGAUACUUCUUUUAGAAUCGGUCCUUCGCUUAACUUUUGCAAGUACAAUAUUUACAUUUACAGCUUUUCCCAAAGUCUUGAGACGCGUCUUUUAAAACCGUUCUGUCGCUUAGCUUUUAUAAGUAUUUAAGCCUUUCCCAAAGCCUGGCGACGCAUUAUCGAAUUCGUGUUGUUAGCCCCUUACUUGGUGGCUGCAAACUUUGACCAUGUAAUAGAUUUUUAUGUCCAACAUCAAACGCAUAUACCGCUAUGGUACAUAUUUAUGGACACACGUGUUACAAGCAUACACACGGGAGUAUGGAAGUGGCUGUGAAAGGGAGGGCCAAGAGGAGGCAUUUGAAUGCAGAUGAACUGGAAAGAAAUGCAGAAGGUCUUCAAGCCCUCAUCCACCCGCAAAACACAAAUACAAGACGUAGUGAUUAUUCGCUACACCCCAGGACAACUGCUAAGAGACGGAAAGCAGCAGGAAUCUACACAAAUGGACUCAACAGAGAGCAAUUAUCUGAAGACAUGAGCACUAUUGAUGAUGAGGAGUGGAGCCCACCAGCUGCCGAGAUACCGUCAGACUCAGAGGAGAAGCAGUCUGAUGCCAAAGAGCUAGACCAUUUAGAGGGAAUAACAGCCGAGAUGUUUGAAGAUGACUUUGACUGUUCAGAUGGGAUCAUGCUGGAAGAACCGGCAGUGGAGGCCCUACCUGAUGUCACCUACGGGCUUCUCGGUUGCAGUAGGGCAUUGCAACAACCUCAGGGUUGCAUUGACAACCUUCCAGAGGAGGUGCUGAGGCAGAUAUUCACUCUUCUUCCUGCACAAGACCUCUACAGGAGUGCCAUGCUUGUCUGCGCUCGCUGGUGUAACAUCAUUGAGGACCCCAAGUUUAUGCCCUACAAGAAAAGUUAUUACCGCUACAUGAUGGAGGAAGACGCUACUGUGCUUGAAGUCUCCGCCUCGUUGAGGAACUGCGGAAUAUUGACGUCAGCAAUGUCACCGCAUGGCAUCCGAAACCUUGUUAUUUCAAUGGCACAUCAUACCUUUGGCGAGAGAGUGAAUCCAACAGAGGUUCUGCAGUGCGUGGAGAAACACCGCCUUUUCCCUCAUGCUGAGGCAUCCAUUCGCUUGCGCAUCUGUAAUGUUCCCAAGUGCAAAAUGUUUGAAACUGAGGGUCCCAACCCGUAUGCAGCCAUGGCUGUGAUACUGCUGCUCAGUGAGAGUGUCGGCGACGUGCUGUCUUUGGUCUCUUUGCUGAGUGGCUGCAUGUCACACAUGGCCAUCACAGAGUACCUCAGCCACAUGGCUACGCUGUUGCUUGCAGCCAGGAGGAACAAUGUUAAGAUCAGUGAAAGGUUGCAUUACAACAUCUACUAUGUUCUUCAUCUCAGGGAGAAUGGACCAUUUUCUAUUCGAACCUCAGAGGGCAGGGACUCUGGUAUGAACAUGACCUCUGAGCAGCUGCAUAUCCUCAGCCACGACAUCCAGAAAGACCACAUGGUGAAGAUUGUCGCUUUUGCAGGUACGGGGAAGACGACCACCCUAAUAAAAUACGCCGAACUGAGGCCAGAACUCCGCUUCCUGUACGUUGCCUUCAACAAAUCUGUGGCCAGUGAGGCCUCAGAACGCUUCCCAAACAACGUGGACUGCAAGACUGUCCAUUCUCUGGCAUACAGGGACAUUGGGAUACUGUACAAAAAGAAGCUCACCUUUAAUUUGAAUGCAUUCACCAUCAACACGGUCCUGCCCGAGGGCCGAGGAGGAUUCGCGAAGGCCAAAGUGGUCGUCACCACUCUCAACAACUUCAUGGCUUCAAAGGAUCAAACCAUCACGGUUGAUCAUGUUCCGGACAAGCAUGUGAGUCUUCGAGGUCUCGAGAGGUGUUUAAAUGGCGUGGAAAAAGGGUUGGUUGUCCAAGAUGCGCAGACGAUUUGGAUAAAAAUGAAGGACGUCAAUGAGACCAACAAAAGCUAUAAGAUGACUCACGAUGGUUACCUAAAGCUAUGGCAGCUCCAAACCCCACCGCCCCACCUCUAUGGGUACCACGUCCUUUUAAUUGAUGAAGCCCAGGACUGCACUCCAAGCAUCAUAGAUGUGCUGUUGAAACAACAAUGUGGUAAAAUCCUGGUUGGAGAUCCUCACCAGCAAAUUUACACCUUCAGAGGAGCUGUCAAUGCUUUGCAGACUCUUGCGCACACCCAUAUCUACUAUUUAACACAGAGUUUUCGCUUUGGGGCCGAGAUCGCCUACGUGGGUGCCACCAUCCUCACAGUGUGCAAGAAAGUCCGCAAGAUUUUAGUAGGAGGACGGCAGGAAGGGGGUGUGUUUGAUGAAAAGGCAGCCCAGGCUGCUCGAGAUGUUGCAAGCGGCAAGACUCCCGGCAAGGGAAAAACGGCCAUCUUGUCCAGAUGCAAUCAAACCAUAUUCAGUGAGGCCGUGCGGCUGACUGACGCCAACACGGAGUGCAGGAUUCACUUUGUAGGCGGCGUGGACAACAUUGGCUUGGAUAAGAUCAAAGAUAUUUGGUACCUGAUGGAGGGCUCAGGCAAUCGCAGAUUAAUCAAGGAUCACCUUAUUCGCACCUUUUCCAACUUUGCAUCAAACUCCUUUGCGGCCUUGAAGAACUUCGCCAGAAAUACAGCGGACCACGAGCUAGAGUCCAAGCUGAACAUCGUGGAACGAUACCAACGUCGCAUCCCAGAGUUGGUGAUGCGCCUGAAAAGGCACUCAGAGGAAAAUGCUAACAAAGCAGACUUCAUUCUGGGCACAGUCCACAGGGCAAAAGGUCUGGAAUUUGACAUUGUGGUGGUCAGUGAUGACUUUGCGGAUAUACCAGCCCCAUAUCACUACAUCCACUGCUUUGCCGAUUUUUCAUUUGAUAAAAUUGUCAGUGAUGAAUGGAACCUCCUCUAUGUGGCAGUGACUCGCGCUAAAACAACACUGAUUAUCACAAAGAAGAUCAUGCGCAUCAUCACCAUGGCUAACGAAUACUUCCUGAAGUCUGAGAUGCCCAGUGCCCCACUGAAAGUGGACAACACGCCGCAAUGCACCAUCUCCAACUGUCCCAACUACAUCACACCAGGCGCGGCUUUCAUGAUGUGCAAAAGACAGCUGGCAUUUACUGGCAGUGUGGUGUCUUCAGGGGGCGAACUGUGUGAGAGAUGUGUCUGGACCCGCGUGGGCCCAGUCGCCUUUCUCAUGACUGACGACGUGUGCUCCAUGGCUGAAGCUCCAGUGAUUUUUCCCCCGCCCCCGCAUUCCAUUCAGUUAUUUUUUCAGGAGGCAUUCUGACUUGGCGCUUUAAAUGAAAAGAAUGUGACACAUUCAUACCUAUCAUCAAGAUCUGUAACACACCACUGAGCCUGCGGCCUUCACCUUCUCGACAACCGCCAUCGUCGUCGUUAGCUAGCGACGCUAACGUUAGCUGGAAAGGCCACCGCAGGGCCUUCAGCCUUCGCUGCUGUGACCUGCCAGCCGCUGCCGGGCUCCAUCCCUCACCACAGAGAACACAGGCGCAAUCACCAGGCUAGGCUGCAACUGGCAAAGAUUGAGAAAUAUGGCUACCAAAAGGGACAUGGAGGAACUAAAAAGGUCAAACGAAGAACUAAGGAAGUCUGUGGAAUUUAUGAGUCACAGUAUGGAAGAAGUAACAAGUAAGCAAGACACAUUAAUUAACAUGAUGCAGGAGGUCAAAGAGUUGAAGAGACAAAAUGAGGAGAAAGUACAUUAUCUGAGCUAGAACAAUAUACUGAAUGUAUUGUAUUGUAUUGUAUUGUAUGUACUUUAUUGAUCCCACAGCGGGGAAAUUUACUUGUUACAGCAGCAAGCAAGCAAGACAAGUAAAGAGAACAGUAAAGUAAAGCACUACAACAUGGUUCAGGUGGUGCAGGUGUUGUAGAGCCUGAAUGAUGUGAUUGUCACUGGGUGACCAACACGACCCCGGUCAUUUGCUGCUGCUGCAGUAAUGCCAAGGGGGGGAAGGAACAGUUGACGGGAAUCAAGAUUUGGACUUGGUCGAGCAGCAAGUGGUAGAUUUUUUGCAAGACAAAGGAAUUAAUAUACACAAAGACAACAUAGAAGCCUGUCAUCCUCUCCCACAGAAAGACAAAAGUAAACCAGCGGCCAUUAUCGUGAGGUUUUUCCAACAGAAAAUUAAAACACAAAUUAUUGCAGCAGGGUACACACAGAUCAUUGCGCAACAUUAAUUGAUAAUAUAUUCACCAAUGAUUUUGAUAGCAACACGAGUGGACUGCUAAUUAAUGAUAUUACUGACCAUCUUCCGGUGUUUACGAUUUACAAUGAAAACUAUAAAAAGAGAAAGAGGGACGAUAUCAGGAAAUUCAAAAGAUCCCAUACAGAGGAAAGUAUUAGCGCCUUCAGGAAAGAUUUGGAAAAACAAAGACGGGAGUGCGUAUAUAGCGAGAAUGAUGUGAACGAGGCAUAUAAAAACUUUCUUAAUAUUUAUAUGAAGUGUUACGAGAGACAUUGUCCACUGAGAGAAGUAUCUAAUAAGCAAAAGAAGGUAAAUCAGCCAUGGAUGACAAAAGGACUACAAAAUGCCUGUAAGAAGAAAAAUACGCUUUAUAGGAGAUUUAUCAUUCAAAAAGCUAAAGAAGCAGAAAAAAAUGAUAAAAUAUACCAAAAUAAGUUAAAGAUUUUGAGAGUGUGUAGGAAAGAAUGUUAGUCAAUUAUUAAACAAAAACAACAUUAGAGCAACAUGGGGCAUCCCAAACAGUAUUAUACGGAAUGGUGUUAAGAGAGCAGACUACCCUCCGUAUUUAACAGCUGGAAAUGUCAAAUAUGACCAUAUGAAUGAGGUAGUUGAAAAGUUGAAAACUACUUAGUAAAUACUGGACCGGAACUGGAAACAAAGAUCCCACAUUACCCACCAGUUGAGGAAAGGAAUCCCAAUUCCACGUUCCUCGCUAACGUUACAGAAAAGGAAAUCAUCAAUAUUGUUAAUAAAUUUAAACCAAAAACAUCAACCGAUUACAACGGAAUAGAAAUGGAAACGAUAGAGAGGUAAUGGAGCUAAUAUGAAUAAAUACAGCACACGUAAUAUGAAAGCAGGAUUGGAAGCGCACAUUGAGUGCUUCCCGCACACCGCUGUGUAAUCCUUACAGUCCUACAUGCACUCGGUGAUCCCAGCGGAGGUACUCGACUUUUUUUUCGUUGGCCUUCAACAGCUACCGCUGUGUUAAUGUCCAAGCAGAAACUGUAGUAAUGCCAAAUUUGAUCAAAGUUUCUCAGGAUUUGUCAGAAAAACCACGAUCGCUGCACAUGACUUCUAUCAAAACGUGUGAUGGUAAGAGUUAUAUAGGGCAUACUUCCUGCCUCUGCACUGUAAGCAUCAUGGGAACAGUAGUUCUUUUAGCGUAAACAUGAAGCUAACUGCAAUCUAUUUUUACACGUGUCUUUACACAACUACACAGCAACAUAAAUGAUUAGUAGUAGCAGCUACAACUGCCGUCAUUAUUUAAAAAAAAAUGCUACAUUUGUGGAGAGAAGUUCAAUAGUUUAAUGCCUCAUGCUUAGGUCAUCAUGCAUGCAAAGUUAUAAAACAAAAUGUACCGGUAUCAUGACACCCCUAAUAUAAAUAACUAUCAUUACGAUAUAUUAUCAUAACAGUUGUUAAUUUGCUCUCAAAUAAUGUUGACAAUAUUGUUUUUAGAAUUAUUUGGGUGACAAUAAACAUUUGAAAAUGUACCUUCAUUUUAUGACUCAGUUAAAUUAAAAAGUCUGUUUGCCCAG